AUGAAGGCGCAGAACAUUCGGACCCUUUCUCUCAUCCUGUGUAUGCUAUCCUACCUGCUUGUGGGAGCCGCGGUGUUCGACGCCCUCGAAUCAGAGACCGAGAACUCGAGGAAGAAGAUCCUGGAACAGAAACGCAAUGAGCUGAAGAAGAAGUACGGAUUUACCGAUGACGACUACCGGGAGAUCGAGAGAGUGGUUCUACAGUCGGAGCCCCAUCGCGCGGGGAGACAGUGGAAAUUCGCGGGAUCCUUUUACUUUGCUAUCACCGUCAUCACAACGAUAGGUUAUGGUCAUGCUGCUCCAAGCACUGAUGCUGGAAAGGUAUUCUGCAUGUUCUAUGCAGUUCUGGGUAUCCCUCUGACACUGGUCAUGUUCCAGAGCAUGGGGGAAAGGAUCAACACGUUUGUCCGCUACCUCCUCUGCAGGCUCAAGCAAUGCAUGGGCUUACGGAAGACUGAUGUGUCCAUGGGGAACAUGGUGCUGGUGGGCCUCCUGUCCUGCAUGAGCACCCUCUGUGUCGGGGCAGCAGCCUUCUCCCACUUUGAGGGCUGGACCUUCUUCCAUGCCAUGGAGGGAGGCACCAGUCGUACCAAUCUCAUCCCCUCUCCAUCUGAGGAGCGUAGAGAGACCCCUGGGGUCAGGGACCCUGCUAAGCAUCCUGAGUCCCGCAUCAGCGCCCUCUGCUCCUGUAUGUGCUUCAGGCUGGUUGCCUGUGACAGCCCCUCUCCGGCCCACUGUGAGCACUCAGGCUGCCACAGCAACCCUGUCUUCUACAACUCCAUCUCCUACAGGGUGGAUGGAGCCUCCUGCAGCUCCAGGGGCACCUCAACCCAGUCCUUCCCCAGCAGCGAUGCCCUUUUCCUGGGGAUGAGCAGCCCUCACACACGGAGGAAGUCAGUAUAG